AUGUUUCUCGACCGUGGCAACGUUCCGCCGCUGCUGCUUGCACUCUACGCCCUCUACAAGUCGCGCCUCGCGUACGCCAACGACGCACAGCCAGCGAUCAUUCGCUUCGCCUACAUUGUACCUCUGGUCAUCUUUUCCGGCUCGUUCGCCUUCCACUCGACGCUCACGUACGCAGGCCAGCUCCUUGACGAGCUCCCCAUGAUGUACGGAACCCUCUUCUUUCACUACAUCAGCCUCCGGUACCAUCCAACGAUGAAGUGGGUGCUCAUCGCCUUUGCCGUCGGCCUCACGAUCGCUCUCUCCAUCGUCGGCCACGCUCCUCUCGCGUUCCAAUUUGCCUGCGGCUUUCUGACAGUCGCGCUCGUCGUGCGAAGCAUCGUCCUGCACCGCCGGCACAAGGACGUGAGCGAGACGCGGCUCUUGCAGCUCGGCGCGCUUUUGUACGCGGGAGGGUUUGUACUCUGGAUCGCCGACCAAUUGUUUUUUCCGUCGGCCAAGCCGCUGCACUUGCACGCGAUCUGGCAUCUCCUCUCGGGGGCCGGGACGUUUGUGUGGAUUCAGUUUGCGUGCGCGUACGAGUUGAGCAUGCACGAAGGGCGUCUUCGCGUCCGCAAGGUUGCGUGCAUCUUGCCCUACUGCGUCCGAUCGAGUGCGCCGUCCCACUGGACCGAGGCGGAGGACGUGUACCACGCUGUUUAAAGUCACAUUCGCUGAGGCCGUCGCUCUGGAAGAAGCGGAAUUGGCGCUAAAACGUGUCCCUAGCCUAAAUAUGAG